AUGGAUGGCUUGGUGAACAUUAUAUUAGUGUGUGUGGAUCAACAAGCUGCCUUCACGAAACCUUUAGUCCAGACGUUUGAGUCUAGAGACAUUUUGAGGAGCAAGUGGUUUGUGUACCAAAUUUCAGGAGCACCAAACAUCCUGAGGCCUAUUUGCACUCAGAACACCAGACCAUACAAAACCCUUCCCUUCAUCAAAUCACCACAACACCACCAGAAAAUCCUUCCCAUCACCACUGAACACCACAACACACCACAACACCAUUCCCUUCACCUUGCAACACCACCACAACCCUCUCCUCCACCUCACAACACCACAAACCCAUCUCUCCACCUCACAUCACCACAACACACCCCAAAACCAUUCCCUUCACCGCAACAUCACCCUUCCCUUCACAUCACAUCAACACAACACCCAUUCCCUUCACCUCUGACGCACACAACACCAUUUCCUCCUGCGACAACCAUCUUCUCCCCCUUCCAGCAACUCUUGUGCGCCGUUCUACAAGUAGUGGCCACGCUCGCCCUUUCCCCUCACCACCACCCCGCCCUGCUCGCUGCCAAGGUCCCCGACGCGCUCACCCAGCUUAUCCUGCCCUCGGAUGAAUGGUUCUACACAAACCACUCCACCCGCCACGCCCGCUACGUGAAACACCACGCGGCCCGCACCCUGGUGUACUUAGGACUGCAGCAUCGAGUCAACCACCGUGUCAAUGUGUACGAUCUGCUGCUUGACGAAGCUCCUCCGCCGACGCCCCUGGGAGAGACCUCAGAGGAUGACUAUAUUAUGAUGACCUCUGCUCCCCCUCCCCUGGUCACCGCUCAGGACUCUAAGCGCGUUCUGGGCAUGUCUGUGGAGGGCAUGGUGCUGCAUACCCUCCGCUCCCUCGAGAACGUGCCGGCGCCGUGCGGGGUGACGCCCACCAGCGAGGCCCGCAGCACCACGCCCCUGGAGUGGCUGCUCGACCCUCCCCCCCAAGACCCAGCCAGAGGUUCCGGGACGCUGCGGGGCACGCGGGCGGGGGGCGUCGCGGGAGGAGGGGCCGAUGGGGGGCCGUCUGCUGUCCUGCCUGCUGCUGGGGCUGCCGCUGGUGCUGCACCCCGUCAUCUUCCUGCGGCUGCUGCUGCACAGGCUGCUGACAUCGAUGCACCACCUCACCAAGUGGAAGUCCUGCACCUCGCGCUCCUCCUGGACCUCCCACUCCUCUCGGGCGCGCUCACGCACCUCCUCCUCGGAGACGGACGCCUCCACGCUUCGCAAGCGGCGCCGCGUCAACCUCACGCUGGACUUCGCCGAGGCGUGCCCCGAGGAGACCGCGGCGCCCUCCCCAGCACGACCGCCGCGCCCCGCCCCCCUCAGUGCUGCGCGCUAACAGUGAGGAGGCGCCGCCGCGCAACCGCAAGCCCUCCACCCCGGGGGGCGGCGGCCGCAGAUUUCGAGACAACCCUUGCAGCAGCAAUCAGCACCACGGACGUCAGCGUCACCCUGCAGCAGCUGCUGCCCGUACGUCUGCGCCCCGCAGACUCCCACAACUCCAUCAGCUCGUCCUCCAAGGCCACCACACCCUCAGGCUCCCCCUCCAUCUUCCCCAAGCGCAGCUUCAGGUUCUCCAGCCUGCACAAGAAGCGCUCCAAGUCUGUUCAUGACCACAUCAACUCUUCAGGUUCGAACGCCCAACAUCUCCCAGAGCAGGCAGGACCUGGCGCUGGCCGAGGAGGACAUCCUGGCCUUCCAGCGCCAGCUCCAGAACCUGCCCUCCUAUGAGCGCGUGGACGUGCCGGGCCUGGCCACGCCGCCCCCCUUCAGGCAGCGCUCCCCGCUCGGUGCCCCGCGUCACCUUCGAGAGCAUGUCCACCCUGCUGGUGCCUCGCCCCUCGCCCAUCGGCCGCUCGCCCACCUCCACCGCCCACCUGC